UCUAACCUUCUUUACCAUUCACUAGUUAUCUCUCUCUCUCUCUCUCAAGAACAGAAACCAUGGCUGACUUAAUGGUGGGGGGAGCUCUUCUCUCUAGUUUUAUCAAUGUCCUCUUUGACAGGCUUGCUUCCAAAGAGGUCCUUGACUUCUUACGAGGAAACAAACUCAAUCUUAAGCUGCUCAAAAGGUUGAAGACUAUGUUGCUACCAACUAAUGCCCUGCUGAACGAUGCCGAGGAGAAGCAGCUUGGAGACAACAACGUGAAGAAUUGGCUUGAUGAGCAUAAAGAAGUACUGUAUGAAGCAGAUCACGUGAUGGACAAGAACAGUACUGAAGCUCUGCGACUCAAGAUGGAGGAAGAUGAACUCGAAAGCACAGCAAGUAUGGACUCUGAUGACGUCUUCGAUCAUUAUCAGGCCGUCGCUGCUUCUUCCAUCCCAAAGAAGGAUGGCAAGAGGGCUCGAGGGGAAAGCAGCAAGACCCCCUCGAAGAAGGCUCGAACAGACGACGCUCCAGCCACCGCCCCUUCCAAGGAGAACACACCACCUCCGCCCCCCACCGAGCAGACGACUCCCACACCUGCUAAUCCACAGCCUUCUUCUAGGGCUGCCGACAAGGAGGCAUUGGACAACUCGUCCGAAGGCUCCCUGCCCAGCCUUGUGGUCGGAUCAGCCAGAGAGAUGAUAUACAAACUCUCAAAGCACAGACGCAGUCAGGCCGCUAUCACCGAAACUGCUUCAAUGGAGGCUGAUCAAGUCGUCAACAGGGGGCUGAACGAGAUAGUUAGCGGGCUGUUAACUCUUACUGCUGGCUCGCGCCGUAUUGGGGCGUUGGUUUCUCAAGGCAGAAAUUUUGACUCCAGGCUUGCCCAGGCAAAGGAAGUAUUUGAGGUUGACAAGGACAAGCUGCUCGAGGAGAACAAGGAGCUGUCCAGACAGUACGAACAAAUGUGUGAGGACCAAGCUAUUCUCACUAAGGAGCUUCAGGACGCCCAAGAGGCCUUGAAGAAAGCUAACGAGGCCCGGGAGAAAUGGAGGGAAAGUUCUGUACUUGUCACCCAAGAGUGUAAGCAGCUUGGAUUUGAUCUGACCGCCAGCAGGGAAGAGAAGAAGAAGCUCGAGGAGCGAGUGCAGGAGCUCGAGGAGGAAGGGGCCAAGAAUUUGAAGAAGUCCAAGGAAGCCACUCACCUCUGCUUCUAUGAAUUUUGGAAGCACAACCGGGAGGCCAACUUCAACUACUUAACUGAGCGGCUGAAGAGGACUCUGAUGGCGCAGUGCGCCAUCUGGUUGGAGGCAGAGGAGAAGGCUAAGGCUAAGGCUCCUGUUGCUGAUGCUGAAACUGGUCCCCCGGCCGAUCAAAGCACUCCUUCUAAUCCUGAAGACCCUCUUGCUCCUCAAUGAUUAUUUUUCUUUUAUUUUGUUUUUAUGGCCCACGGGUCUACUUGUAAAGACAAUUUACUUUUAUUGCUGCAAGGGUAGCUUUUUUACUUAUAACUGAACAAUUACAUCCGAGCAAUACUGCUCGCGGUGUAAAAGCUUUUCACUUUUAAUUGAACAAUUACAUCCGAGCAAUACUGCUCACGGUGUAAAAGAUUGCCUUA